CAGCUGGCCCCGUCGGCGGCGGAGGCGGCCGGGCGGCGGCGUAGUGGCCAGCUGCGGCGAGGCAGCCUGAGGCGGCGCGCGAGCUGCUCUGGCGUUGCCCCCGGGGCCUGCUGGCAGCCGGCGGCGGCGCUGACGAGGACGACGAAGCUGAGGACGGUAGGCGCAGCUCGUUCCAGUCCAUGGCGGUCACCGUGGAGCCGUGCCGCCGCCGGUGCGGGCUCGGUCCCGCCCGGCGGCGUCGUCGACGGCAGCGCCUCGUCCGGGAAGGUCGCCCAGAGGUCGGUGCGAUGGCGUCGUCCGCGCGCUAUAUUUAGUCGUCAGUCUCUUCGCGUGGGAGACUAUGACCCCGAGCGAAUGGCAGUCCUCGUGCGCGAUUGGGCUCGCUAGCUGCCGGCUCCGCGCCGAGUAUCUGGCAAGGCAGCUUUACUGCAAACCUUUCACUUCCAUGGAUGACCGGCCCGCCGCGGUGGUGCGCUGUCCGCCGUGCCGUCAACAGUCGCAGUCGUCCACUUCUGUCAACGGCUCGACGGGUUCCUGGCCGAGCACCCCGGCGCCGCAAGACGCGUCCAACUUCCUGGUACGUACCGGCCGCGCUCUCUACGACCGGCUUUAUUCCCUGCUCCAAGAUCAGGCCACCGACUGCGUCGUUCAAUACUGCGAGCAGGGCUCCAACGCUGACGACCCGUCGUCUUCCGUCGAUGAAGGUGCCGAUGCACAGGCGUCUGAGCAAACAGCUCCGCCAGCUGCCGACGGGCGAGACGUUGUCGUAGAGGAACCCCGAAGCGUGGCUCCACCUGAGCUCCUGCCUCCCGCCGUAGCUACCGACGCGGUGGUCCCUCGCGAGCUGGAGGUCAAGAGCGCCGUGAAUGUCAAGGGCAGUGCGGAAGAGGAGCCGCGCCGCUACCCAGCCGAGCGAGACGUGGUGCGCGCCGCGCUGGCACAUCGCGCCCCGGACGACGGCUUUCCCUUCCCCAUCGUGCAGGAGCUGGUGCGGCCUGGCGUGCUGGUGCACAACGAGAGCGACUCCUCGUGCGACCUCUCGGACGACGCCUUUCACGACGCCGCUGACGGGCUCGCCGAGGAAUUUCGUGACGGCAGCGGUUCCUCGGAGACCAGCAACGAGGAAAAGGCACUGGCGGCGCAGAAUUCGUCUGGCAAAAUUGCUGCUCCGGCCAACCCUACGGCCGCUGACGAUACAGCGGCCGCCGCAACUACCGUCGCCGCUGUGACCACUGACGCCGCGGCCACUGUCGCUUCUCCAGUUGCUGUUUCCUCGCCUCCCGCCAUGUCGUCAACGGACGCUUCACCCGACGCGGGCUCCUUGCCGGCGAGCGGCAGUUCAACACAGGGGGCGUCUCCAAGCCGGCCUCGGUCGUCGCGUUUCGCGAAGCACCGAUUCACCGAGGCUCCCUCGCGUAAGGUGACGCACACGGCGCCCGAACUGCCGGAGCAUCCGCCCGACGAGUCAUCCUCGUCCUCGUCCGAGACGUUGUCACCCGUCGUAGACACCAAGAUGCCGCCGGCCACUCCCCCCAAACGAGACUCCGCAGACAGCGACGACGACGAGGGUGGUCGCGCCGUCCUGGUACGCAGCACGUCGCUCAAGAGCGGCAAGAGUCCACCGGGUACGCCGUUCAAGAAGAAGAUCGUGCGCUUCGCCGACGCGCUGGGUCUCGACCUGGCUGCCGUGCGGACCAUCGUGUCCGAGGAGCUGCCCUUGGUACCGGCUUCUGCCUUCACACACCUCCAGCUGGCGCCGCUGGUGCGGUCGCCACCGCCGUGCACGCUGGAGCUGAAGCCACUGUUUUCGCAGCCCGGCGCCAGCCCAAACUUCAUGACCCGGCUGACCACUCAACGCGUCUGCCUCGAGUCAGUCGUGUCGGCAGGCUGCGCCCUGCACGCCGUCAUCCGGGUGCUGAACGUGGCCUUCGAGAAGCUGGUGGUGCUGCGUUACUCGCAGGACAACUGGCGGUCCUUCUGCGACCUGCGUGCUGUCUACCUGCCGGGCUCGUCGGACGGUAUCUCGGACCGCUUCGGUGUCGACGUCUACAUCACACCCCAAGGCGACGCGCAGCUCCAGAUGUGCGUGCGCUACGUGGUCGGAGACCAGGAGUACUGGGACAACAACGAGGGCGCCAACUACUGCUUCGAGUUCCGGGACUCCCCUAAAGACGAGCCCGAGGUGACGCCCCUGAUGAACUACCUCUGACCCGAGCGGAGGCCCCCCGGAGGACCCUAGUAUUUAUUCGUGCGCGCGCGUAGCUGUACAGGAACGAGUGUGUGCGGCCGGGGCUGAGGUGGAAUCCGUUCGCGCUGUGCGUCUCCAGCUCGAAGCCGCCAUAGGUUAGCAAUAAUAAAUGGACAUGUCAGACGAGCGCAGGAUCUGCUUGCCGACGCGGCUCGCGACUGGAUGUGCGAGGACUGUGGCCGAUGUGUCCGCGCUGGUGCCACGCGGGUCGCUCCUUCCUAUUUAUUUAUUUAUUCUGUGUGGGGGGAGCGCACACGCCAGUGAGGAGCAACGAUGUCGUGGUCGUCUUUCAGAGUAGCCCGUCUGCAUUUUUCAGCAUGGAAGGUAUAUUUUUCAAAAAUUUGGGUCGACAACUGCCUUAAAAAUUAUUCCACCGAAUUUUGAACAGUGUGUGUGUUGUGGGUGUUAACGUCAAAGAAAAAAAAAAAAAAAACAAUAAAUGUUUCCGGAAAGCAGAA